AUGUCGUUCCUCAGGUCUCAGUACGAUCCAGGACAGUCCCUGGAAACACUCUAUUCAAGGCCUUGGGUGGUAUCCUUUUUGGACGCACACGGUAUUGAGAAGCAAUGGCGUACCCUUAUAGCCACCUUUAUCAAUAAGACGUUUGGACCAGAGUCCUUUGUUUUUGAGGCGUCGACUCGCACCCUCAUCGUCGACCUCUACAAAGAAAAACAAGGCGACUGGUCCCUGGUGUCAAAGAUCAUCACCCGCAUCCAGACUUUCGAAUUUAUGUCCCUUCAUCUUCUAGAUGCAGUAAAUCCCCACAGUACCUUCCUUCUAAGCCCUGCCGCUGUACUCAAUGCGAUUAAUGACGACGACAGCAUCUUGGUGGUCCGCGACUACUUCAUCCGUGCGGGUUUAUCUCGUGAUUUCUCUACUAAUGAGAGUACAGUGGAGACACUGAAGGCCUUCGACCAACUUAAGGAGUCUGCCAG